AUGACGGAGAACUACGAUCCGGGUGAAGGCCCUUCCAGCGGCAACUUAGACGACAAAUGCGCAAUUUGCGACUUUACUACAAACAACAGGGAAGAGAUCAUUGAGCAUUUGAACAAUCACAUCAUAUCUCGGAGCAACAUUAGCGUGGAACAAAUCAACAUGGUGUCAACGCAGCUGAGAUACUUUCACAACCAGGAGAACCGCGACUCAUCGUCGCGGGACGGCCAUAAGACAAAUAGCUACAACAAUGAGCCGGGAGUGCCCCAUAUAAAUUUACAAGGCAAGAUGAAGACUUUCCUCUGCAAGAACUGCGGCUUCAAGGCGGUGACGAAGCUUGAGUAUUGGAACCACAUACGGAUCCACAUUAAGCCCAACAAGAUGAUGAGCUGCUACAAAUGCCCGUUUGUCACGGAAUACAAGCACCACUUGGAGUACCAUUUGCUGAAUCACACUGGCUCGAAACCAUACAAGUGCUCCAUAUGUUCGUAUACAUGCGUGAACAAGUCGAUGUUGAACAGUCACAUGAAGUCGCACUCGACCAUCUAUCAAUACAGGUGUAAAAACUGUGAUUACGCCACCAAGUACUGCCAUACGUUGAAACAGCACCUGCGCAAAUAUAAUCACGAGCCGGCGGAAGUGUUGAACGCGGACGGUACGUUGAGCCCGAUAGUGAUCGACGUUUACGGUACGAGACGCGGACCUAGGCGAAGACUAAACAAG